UUGUGUUGUCCAGUGAUGCUGUAUCCACCUCAGGCAAAAGCAUCCUGAAAUUGAUUCUGAGCAGUUCUGACUGGUGAGAGCUGCCACUGACUGGUUAGAGCUGGUCCAGGUCCUGCCAUGCCCGUCCCACUGCUCCCGUUGGUGCUUCGAUCGCUGCUAUCCCGCCUGCUGCUGCCGGUUGCCCGCCUGGCCCGGCAGCACCUCUUGCCCUUGCUGCGCCGGCUGGCCCGCCGCCUGAGCUCCCACGACGUGAGAGAGGCUCUGCUGAGCUGUCUGCUGUUUGUCCUCAGCCAGCAACAGCCACCAUCGGAUUCUGGAGAGGCCUCCAGAGUGGACCACUCCCAGAGGAAGGAGAGAUUGGGCCCCCAGAAGUGAGGCCAUGGGUCCUGGAAACUGCAGCACCAUCCAUCAAAGUACUUUUGGAGCGGGUUAGUCCAGGCAUCCGCACUGCAGAAUUCAGGACAGUCGGGGCUGAGUGCAAGAGGCCUCUGACCUGAACAUCUCCCACUCCCCUAGCACCUUGCAGACUACAUACUGUGUUGAUUGCCCCUCCUCCCUGCAGCUCCCUCUGCCUUAUCUCUGGCCUCCAGGAUGGACCAGCAAAUGGAGCUAUCAAGGUCAGUUAAGAAAUGAUGUUUAACUUAGACUCAAGACAAUUUAGCUAAGAGAUGAUAUUUAAAUACAAACUGUCCAGUCUACCUUAAAAUAAUAAGACCUUGCUUCCCCUUAAAGACUGAGUGCUUUCAAAGCUUAGUGUGCAUCAGGUAGUCAAUAAAUGACAGUGUGUUGUUACUGGUGA